CAUAUGAUGGCUGUCUGUUAAGUCUGUACGUUCUUUGUGUCUGUGGUAUUGUUUAAUCUUUUUCUCAACAUCGAACGAUUAAAAAAUUUGUCAAAAAUGACUGCGAAAAAACCAGCGGAAGAUUCCAAGGAACCUCCAGAGACAAGGAUGUUACGAUAUCUUUACAUUGGCAAAGAAUAUCUUGAAUAUCAACCAGGAAAUUGGUUUGUCCAUAAUUAUUUUAAUGUCGAUCGUGUUCCAUCAAUUGAUGAAAUGGCUUCAGAUUCAAGAACAGAAACAAAACCCAUAGAAAUAAUUGAAUCCGUAUUUGAAAAAGAUAAAGAGCUAGUACAAAAUUUUGAGACACUUGUUUUUGCAUUAGCUGUUUGUGUUAGGCAAAAUAAAAGUGAAAAAUUACGAAAUUUAGCAUACUCAAAGGUAAAAACAAUUUGCGCUGCUCCCGAACAUUUUUUGUUGUUUAAUAAAUUUGCCAAUCAAAUAACAAAAAGCAGUAAUAAAAAAAGUGGUUCCGGCCACGGUUGGAAACGUGCUGUCGAUGAAUGGUACAAGUCAAAAAGUUACAUGGAAUUGGCGGAAUGUGUCACGCGAUGUAACAGCAGGUAUGGAUGGAAGCACAAGGAUAUUUUAAAAUUGUCACAUUUACCUGUGAGAUCAAUGCUUCCAGAUAUUCCCGAUAAUAUGCUUGUGAAGAAUAUCACGUUUUGUUAUAUAACUCAUGGCCUCAAAGAGGUAAAGAAAAUAUUUGGUGAUUCUAAUGAUCCUCGUUUUCUGGAACGUCCUAAUUCAUUGCAAGUUAUGAAAUAUUUAGAAAAUGUUAUGGAUUUCAAACAUUGUGAGGAUGAAGUUCGCGCUUCGGGUUUAUUGGAAAUUAAUCAUUUCACAUUGGACCAUGUUCCUGGACAUUUUUUAAAAUCAGAAGAGAUGUGGAAUUCAUUGAUGACGUCAAUGAAUUAUGUCACAGUUCUUGAGAAUUUACAAAAAGUUCACAAUCUUGGCUUUCUAAAGCCAAAUUCAAGAUUAGUUACAAAAAUUGUUGAUAUCUUGUUAGAUCAAGAAAAAUUGGACAAUGAAAAAAUUCAUCCGGCUCAUAUUAUGAUAACUAUUCGAAAUUAUGAAAAUUCUGGAAAACCUUUGAGUUUUGAAAAACGAAAAGUUAGAGAAGAGGCAAAAAAGCAACAUCCACCACCACCGGAACCAAACAAAAAGAUUGUGAAAACCCUGUAUACUGCGCUUAAUUUGUCUUUUACGUUUUUGGAGACAACUGGACUAAGAUAUUUGAUAACAAUUGACAUGAGUCAAACAAUGAAAGAAUCACAUGUUUGGCAUUGUGGUAAUAUGAUUCCUGCAGAGGUUGGUUGUUUAUUGGCCCUCUCGCUUUUGCGUGCCGAGAAAAAUGUCACAAUUGCAACAUUUAAAAAUGUUGGAAUUCAUAUUGCAAAUUUGGAUAAAAAUUUUUCUUUCGCUCAAGCAUACACAAGAAUGUUACAGCAGCCAACAGGGAUUGUUAAUCUAAGUAAACCAAUGGCAUGGGCUACAUUUCAAAAGAAAAAAUAUGACGUUUUCAUUAACGUCGUUGAUAUGAUUAACAUGAAUAAUGAUAAUUCAACAGAAGGCAUUAAAGCCUAUCGAAACGAAAUGAGUCUACCCGAAGCGAAAUUAAUCAAUUGCAUUAUGUGCGAUUCUUCAUACCGCAAAGAAUCGGUUGAUAAAAAUAUUUUAACAAUUUGUGGUUUUGAUCAGAAAGUACCGAAAAUCAUCGAGGCAUUUUCGAAAUCAUCAUUUUAAAAAUAUCGCUCUUACAUUAACAGCGAAUGGGUACGUAAAAAAUUAAUAAUUAGAAAAAAAAAAUUCCUACCCAUAAGAAACAUUUAUUCGUUAAUAAUACGAAAUUGUCAAAAUUUAUUUUUUUAUUAUUUGGUUUAUUUACAAACCAAUCAUAUUGCUUAAAGAUUUUUUAAUUGUUUUUAUUUAUAUGAUUAGUGAUUCUUAUUCCUAGGUUUAUUUUUAUUUUAUUCACGUUUACAAUAAUAGACACAAAAUUAUAUAGACAAAAACGAUAAAAAUAGUACAAUAAUUGUUGUAGGUGUCUUGAAUUGUUUUUUAUUUAUUUUUUGUUUUUUUGAAACCUUUUUGUCUUAAUUUAAAAUCACUUUGUACUUUUAAAUAUACAAAAAGUACAUUUAAAAAAGAAAAUCACUUCUAAAUUAUUUGUUGACUACCUCUUUUUCAAAACAGCAAAAAAAAUACUUAGUCAUUUUAUUUUUCUACUAGCUUUACUUAUUAACGGUUUUUUUUUUUAAUUUCAACAAACAUUUUUUUGUUUAUUAAUUUAUUUACUAUUUAGUAUUCAAGUUUGUGUGUGAUUUCGAAAUACCUGAAAAGCAAAAAUUUUCAAUUUGUGCCAAAUUUCAUUUCUCGUUGAUUAAUAUAAAAAAAAAUUCUUCCCUUAAUCAAUCAUUUUUCAUUUUUAAUGCCUUUGAUUUGAGAAACAAAAGAAGAUGAAUCAUGGAGACUGUAUCUCUUAAUCAGUUAUUGUAUUUCAUUGAAAUCUUCUUGUCGCAUAAAAAAAUUGCGCUACAGAAGAAGAAAAGAAACUGCAUUGGAGAAAAAAUAGCAUUAAGACUGCAUUAAUAGCUGCCUAGAAAAAUUAUCUAAAGUAAUCAUAUGGUGCAUUUGUUGAUUCAUAUAGAAAAAAAAAUUAAAAUUUUAGUCCUAUUAAUUACUCGCUUAUUUCUGCUGAUAAAGAAAAAAAGGAAAAAAAAUAGACAAAUAUGUGACAUUUUACAUAAAAUUUCAAGGACUGACGCGCCUCUACAUGGAAAAAAAACCUUUUUCUUUUAAAAAUAAAUAAAAGAGAGUGUUGAAAUUAUGUCACUGUGAUAUGCAUUUAGCCCCAAAGAGUAUAGACUACUUAUUACAUUAGUAUAAUUUUACUGAUAUAUUUCAUAUUUGCCAUAUCCAAAGUGAAGACAACAAAUGAAUAAAUACUACUGAAUAAAUACUGUGAUAUGAAAUACGAUGUUACUGUUCGAAAUAGUUGAAAAGAAUAUUGUAAAAUGAUAAAAAAAAGAAAAAAAAAGAGGCGCGUCACAAGUCCUGCUAAAUGCGUUAUGGUUAUAGUGGUGAUAUAUUAAACAAGUAAAAUUUUUUUUAAGGCAUGUACGUUAGUAUCCAAAAUGAUACUUUACAUAUUACUAUAAUUUCAUUAUUUCGAUUUUAUCGUUCGCGGUCUUUUUUCUCUUUUUUAUAAUUACCAAAAUAUUUAUACACAAUUUUCAAUUUUUUUCAAAUUCAAAAAUUAAAUUAAAAAUUUAACGAAAGAAUAUUUUUAAUCGAGAUAUAUAAUUAUUAAAAAUCCACAAACGAUUCCAUCGAAAUAUUGAUUGAUUCAUUACUCUCUCUCUCUAUCUAUCUCUCUCUAUCUUUAUCUCUCUUAACACUCUCACUUUCUUCUCCUCAAUCCGCUGAUUAACCCUAUCUCUGUUUAGAAAAUCCUCAGUUUGUACAAAUCACAAGAUUCUGAUAAGGAAAAAAAAUUGCCAAUUUCUAGAAGUAAAAAAAUAAAAAAUGAUUUUCUAGACUUUGGGAAAUUUCUAAGCUUUAAGGAAAAAAAAUAAUAAUUAAUGGCGUGAAUCACUCUCAGGUACGAAAUACACUUAUUAAAUAAAUAAACGUUUUUAAUUCACGUGAACUUUUUGAUGGGUAAUUAGCGGAUAGAGUUGUGUUCGUAAAAUUGUAGUUUGUAUCACUAUAAUAAUAUUAAAAUAUAUUAAAACAAAAAAAAAUAAAAUAAAAAUCUAGCUAAAAAACAGUACUUCACACGAAAAUAUCGAUCAAGUCUGUUCGUUUUUGCGCAAUACAUUGAUAGGACUUUGGUAAAUCAAUAUAGGUUGUUGAAAGUAAUCAUAUUUUUUUAGAGAAAUUUUUCCUAAAAAAAACCACAAAAAACUCCUGUACUGAAAAAUGCGCUUAGAGUAAUUAUUUAUACAUACACAGAAUUACUAGACCAAAUCUCGUUAUUGGGAAUCAUUUUCUAAUAUAAUACGUAUUACAAAAAAUAUAUUAUAUAUAUGAUAUACAUAAAUAUAUAUGUAUAUUUAAAAAAAUGAAGGAAAAAAAUGCGUUUCUAGUUGCUAACUAUACACGUUAACAAAAUAUAAAAAAAAGCAGUAACAAAAAAAAAACUUAUGCUAUAUCAAUAUUUGUAGCGUAUACAAGUAUACAUAUAUAUAAAUAUAAAUAUAUUAACAAUAUUUGCGUAUUACAAGUAUUUAGACUAAAUUGUAUUUAUGCACAUGGCUGUCGAAAAGGAACUUUAAUAAUAAUUCGUCUUCUUCAAAUGCGCACUUAAAAAAAAAAUAAAAAGAAAAAAACUACUCAACAGUUUAUCGAAUAUUCAAUUUGAGCAAUACACUAUUGAAAAAAGCGAAAACCUUUUCGAUGCCGUGUUCUUCAUUAUAAGGAAAGUUCUUGUCUAUGGAUUUUUCCAAAUUUCAAUUUUAAUCUAACUUUUUGAUACCAAUUUUAUAAAUUAAUUUCCACUUUUAGUAAUAAAAUAAUCAUUUCUACUGAGAAAAAAAAAUUGUUUCCUAACCGUAGGAAAAAAAACUAAUUAUAAAGUUUAAAUUUUAUAUCUAAAUUAAAAAAAUUUACGUAAAUAUUGCAAAUAAAUUAAUCUAAAAAAAAAUUCCAUUCGAAGUAAAAAACAAAAAAUAAUCAUAGAUUAAGAACGAUCCUGCUCUUAAUAUAUUAUAUAUAUGUAUUCACUAAAUGUAAGAGUACGUCCCACGAAAAAAAAAAUUGCGGCACGGAACUGAUAUUCCAAAAUAGAAAUUACGAAACAAAAAAAAAUUGUGUAUGUAAUUUCUUCACUUUGUCACAAUAAUGAAACGAAAAUUUCAUUAAAAAAAAGCCGAUUUUGUGAUUAUCGAAAACAAUAUAUUAAAUGUGUUCAAUACUAGACGAAAAGAAAAAAAAAUAAUAAUAAAAACCGAGACUCAGAGUCUCGUUUGUUUUUUCUUUUUUGUGAAAAAAAUACGAAUAUCAAUCGUUGCCUAGAGCAUAUAUUCUUUGCUAUACAGGUAAUUCCGAUCUUAAUCAUGAAGCACAAGUUACUAGCUAAUAAAUGUGUAUUCAUUCUUAUAGUGUUCUUAAAAAAAUCAUAUUAACUCUAAUAUUAGACAAAAUGCUAGCACCUAUGUUCCUUAGAGUUAUUAAAAAAAAAGAACAAAAAAAGAUUGAAAAAAUACCUUGUAAAAAUAUUUAAUUCUCGUAAUCGCUUUCAAAAAAAAAAAAAAAAAAAAAAAAACUAUGGAUAUAUGAAAAGAAAAAAAACAAAGCUCAAGGUUUAUCGCUAUUAAUUUAUUUUUUCUAAAUGGAAGUAUUAUACGAAGUCAAUGCAUAUAUAUAUAAAUAUAGAAACGUCAUUCGCGUUUUCACUGUAAAAGACAAUGAUAAAAAAAAAAUAAAAAAAAAAAAAAAAAAAAGAA